AUGGAUCAGCAAUCAGCUUCCAAUCUGGAUAUCAAGAAACCCGAACAGACUGCACCUACACCACAAAACACACCCAUCAACCCAGCACCUAUCACUUCAACCUAUCGCCCCAAUAUCUCUAGUAUCGCUGAAGACAAUAUGGAAUCCAACAACACGACAACCGGUGCCGCUGGUGCUCUCAGUGGAGCUUUCACUGGCAACCCCGCUUUGAUCAGCAUGCUCCAAGGCAAGUUGGGUACACUUGUUGGCCGUCCAUCCGGUUAUAUCGAAUCGUUGCCUGAAUCCGUGAAGCGUCGCAUCAAUGGUCUCAAAUACUUGCAAUCACAACACGCCGAACUCGAGGGCAAGUUCCAAGAGGAAGUUCUCGCUUUGGAAAAGAAGUAUCUUGAAUUAUACAAGCCCUUGUACAAGAAACGCGCUCAAGUCGUCGCUGGUGAAUAUGAACCCACGGAUGAGGAAGUUGCUCUUGGUGAAAAGGUGGAUGCUGAUGAGGAAGAGCAAGGCGACAAAAAGGAGCAAGAUGCAAAGAAGGCAGCUGACAUUGAGGAAGAAGAGGAUGACAACAAGGCUAAGGGCAUUCCUGAAUUCUGGUUGACAGCACUCAAGAACCAUCCUCAAAUUGGCGAGAGUAUCACCGAUGCUGACGAGGAGGCAUUGCGACAUUUGGUGGAUAUCCGCAUGUCAUACAUGGAUAAGCCUGGUUUCAAGCUCGAAUUUGAAUUUGCUGAAAACGACUACUUUACCGAUAAGGUGUUGAGCAAGACUUACUACUACCAAGACCAUGCUCAAGGUGGCGACUUUGUUUAUGAUCAUGCCGAAGGAUCCAAGAUUAACUGGAAGGAGGGCAAGGAUCUCACCGUCACUGUUGAAACCAAAAAGCAGCGCCACAAGGGCACCAACAAGACUCGCGUUGUCAAGCGUACUGUUCCUGCCGAUACAUUCUUUGCCUUCUUCAGCCCACCUGUUUUCCCCGGUGAAAGCGAAGAAUUGGAUGAGGAGGAAGCCGAAGGAUUGGAUGCUAAGCUUGAAGCAGACUAUGAAAUGGGCGAGGAAUUCAAGGACAAGAUUAUCCCUCAUGCUGUAGACUACUUUACCGGAAAGGCAUUGGAAUAUGAGGAUUUCGAAGGCGAUGAUGACUUUGAGGAUGACUUUUACGAUGAAGAAGAUGAAGAUGAAGAGGAGGACUUAGACGAAGAUAGCGAAGACGACGAUGAUGAUGCUGCGCCUACUGCCAAGGGACAAAACGCUCCUGAAUGCAAGCAAUCAUAA